UAAUAAGCAGGUGAAGCUGCUUGAUUGCUUGCUGGGACUUUUAUGCAUUAACAAAUCCAAUUCAUUCCCAGCUGGACUUCUCAGGCCGUUGUUAUCAGCAGUGGAUCUCAUUUCUUCUCUGCCCAAUCAUUUUCAUCUUCAAAUCCCAUUUCCUGCUUACAAUGAUGCAGCGAUGGAGCAGAAAGAGAUCCCAUUUUCCUUUGGCCGCAUUUGUCUUGCUCGUCUUCUUAGCUUGUUCAGUUCUCUAUAACGAAACUAGCAUUCCACAAAUCCAUGAGCACCCAGAUCACGUCUCCCGCAAACAUGAAACUACAGUUACUUACAUCAAACCAAAUCUUGCUUCCUACUCCAAGCGAGCUCCAGAAUAUUUGGAUAGGUUUGUUUCGUGCAACUCUACUAGAGAGUAUAGUGGUAAGAAAAUCCAGUGGGGUGAUCCGAAACCGAAUUUGGGUCGCCGGAGAGAGGAUUUGGAGAGCUGUGAUGUGUUUUCGGGCAAAUGGGUAUUCGAUAAUGAAUCGUAUCCUCUUUAUAAUGAGUCUGAUUGUCCGUACAUGUCGGACCAAUUGGCAUGUCACAAGCAUGGAAGGUCUGAUUUGGGAUAUCAGUACUGGAGGUGGCAACCUCACAAUUGCAAUUUGAAGAGGUGGAAUAUAACUGAAAUGUGGGAGAAGUUGAGAGGGAAGAGACUGAUGUUUGUGGGUGAUUCACUAAAUAGAGGCCAAUGGAUAUCGAUGGUGUGUUUGUUACAAUCAGCAAUUCCAGCAAAUAAGAGAUCUAUGUCACCAAAUGCUCCACUUACUAUUUUCAGGGCAGAGGAAUAUAAUGCUACUGUGGAAUUUCUCUGGGCUCCGCUUCUUGUUGAUUCUAAUUCUGAUGAUCCUGUGAAUCACAGAUUGAAUGAGAGGAUAAUCCGUCCAGAUUCAGUUCUAAAGCAUUCAUCAAAAUGGGAACAUGCUGAUAUACUAGUUUUCAACUCAUACUUGUGGUGGAGACAAGGCCCCGUCAAGCUGUUAUGGAGUAAUGAAGACAACGGAGCUUGUGAAGAAUUAGAUGGGUUAGGAGCUAUGGAGUUAGCAAUGGAGUCUUGGGCAGACUGGGCAGCUUCCAAGGCCAAUUCCCAUGAGAAACAGGUCUUCUUUGUUACCAUGUCUCCAACACAUCUCUGGAGCCGGGAGUGGGAACCUGGAAGUGAAGGAAAUUGCUAUAGCGAGAAGUCCCCUAUUGAUUUGGAGGGCUACUGGGGAAGUGGAUCGGACUUGCCUACAAUGCGCAUGGUAGAAAAAAUCAUCAGCAGAUUGGGUUCGAAGGUUUCUGUUCUUAACAUAACCCAGUUAUCCGAGUAUCGAAAAGAUGGCCACCCUUCCAUCUAUAGAAAAUUCUGGGAAACACUGAGCCCUAAACAGUUGUCGGACCCUAAGACAUUCUCUGAUUGCAUUCAUUGGUGCUUACCUGGUGUCCCUGAUGUAUGGAAUGAAUUAUUAUUCCAUUUUUUGUAAUGCAAAUGUCUUCCCGAGAUCUUAGCAGUUUCAAAUAGCAAUAGGAGACAGAAUUUUAGUGAAGCUCAUGUGUUCCUGGAAGGGAAUGGCUAAAUUGCUGCUUAAACUCAUACGUAAGCAGAAAUGAUUGGAAAGAACAAUUGGUUGUGGUGGGCUAAUGAUUAGCCGAAGCAAGCUUCAGUGCUGUAAUACUGAUUGUGAAUACAUAUGUAGAGGGGCUCACGAAAACAAAAAGAAAAAUUUUGAUUUGAUUCAACCCUGAUUUACAGGGGACAUAGCAGAACAAGCCCAUAUAUCUAGAUUCCUGUGGAUUGUUUAUGGAAAUUUCAGAUCAAUUGAUAUUGAAUUUUAGC